CGGCGAUCAGUCCACGGCUCACAGGACAAUCGUGCUGCGAAGUCAGGUCUCCUGAUACUUAGCUGUAAAGCUCGACGAUAGCCUUUUAAAGGUGUAAGAAAGCUGACGGAACCUGAAUAAUGAGUCAAGCUGCGAAGAAGAAGAUCGUAGUUGCGGGCGGCAAUGGAUUUCUGGGUUCCCGCAUAUGCAAGUCCGCAGUCGCUCGAGGCUGGGACGUGACCUCCAUAAGUCGCUCUGGAGAGCCAGCAUGGUCAUCCGUCACCUCGGAGUCGACUCCUCCUCCAUGGUCGAAGUCUGUCAACUGGGCUAAAGGCGACAUUUUGAAGCCUACCACUUACACUUCACACCUCAAGGGUGCUGACGCGGUCGUACACACCAUGGGCAUCCUGCUCGAAGCCGACUACAAAGGGGUCCUAUCUGGCAAAGAGAGCGUCUUCUCCGGCUUGUCCAGAGCGUUCAGUUCCUCAAAAGCCGGUAGUUCGAACAACCCUCUCGAUCGGCAGCCAGGAGAUGAACUUGGGAAAGGAGAAAAAGACGGACAGAUCACAUACGAGCUUAUGAACAGAGACUCCGCCAUCGCUUUGGCACAAGAGGCAGAAAGAGAAGGUGUGAAUACAUUUGUUUACAUCUCCGCUGCUGCAGGCGCCCCCAUACUACCUUCAAGGUACAUCACGACGAAACGCGAGGCCGAGAGCACGAUAGCGAGUAAUAUGAUCAAGUUGCGAAAUGUGUUUAUUAGGCCAGGAUUCCUAUACGACAGCAGCAGAAAGUUCACGCUACCUAUAGCGGCGUCUGGGAUGGUAGGAAGCACCGUGAACAGUUUGGUGGGAGGCAACCUAACUCGGAUAUUUGGUGCUGCUGUGGAAAAGCCGCUGAAGGCAGAUUUGGUGGCCGAUGCUGUGGUCGAAGCCAUUGCGGAUGACUCGACGAAGGGAGUGGUAGACACUCAGUUGAUCGAGGCGCUGGCUGCAAAGGCAUGGCGUCGGACUAUGCUGUAAUCCCGAACGGUCCUCAACUUAGUCUGUAUAAAUAAUUGAGGUUGGCUCUACCUGGGAAAAAGGCGUUGCGCGUAGGAAGGUUCGUAGAAUGAAUUCAUUGUCUAACUCA